AUGAGGAUGGGCGAGGGUGAGGGUCCCAGGCACGUCCCCAUCAGGGCGCAGGUGACAGGGGCUGCCUCUUCUACCACCUCCUCCUCGGCAGAUGAAGAAUUUGAUCCCCAGCUUUCCUUGCGGUCAAAGGAGAGGAAGACACUUAGAAGAAGAAGGAAGUUGGAGAAAGCAACAAAACAACUGGUUAAGCAGGAAGAAUUAAAAAGACUUCAUAAAGCUCAGGCCAUCCAGAGGCAGCUGGAGGAGGUGGAGGAGCGGCAGAGGGCCUCCGAGAUCCAGGGCGUGAGGCUGGAGAAGGCACUGAGAGGAGAAGCAGAUUCAGGCACACAGGAUGAAGCACAGCUUUUGCAGGAAUGGUUUAAGCUGGUUCUGGAGAAGAAUAAAUUAAUGCGAUAUGAGUCGGAGCUACUGAUCAUGGCCCAAGAGCUAGAAUUAGAAGAUCAUCAAAGUAGACUGGAGCAGAAAUUAAGAGAGAAAAUGCUCAAGGAAGAGAGCCAGAAAGAUGAGAACGAUCUAAAUGAGGAGCGAGAAAUAUUCGCUGAGAUGAUGCAAGUGAUUGAGCAGAGGGACCGACUUGUGGAUUCCUUAGAGGAACAGCGCAUCAGAGAAAAGGCUGAAGACCAGCGCUUUGAAAGCUUCAUAUUCUCCAGGGGCUGUCAGCUGAGCAGGACGUGAGCAGGGCCCUCCCCCUCGGAGCCAGCCAAGGACCGAUCCUGCCCCGCACACCUCACACACUCCUGCUUCCUGUGGCAGCAUUUGUCAGACCUGCGAUUUGAGUUAUACCGUACGGCAAUAUGUUUUCAAAAACUGAAAUUCUCUCACGUGCUACAGCUGCCCCAGAUCCUUCCAGAGAUUAUAGUGAAAAAAUACAAAGACGCUUUUGAAAAUGGGCAGUCAACCUCAGCAGAUCUCUCUGACUGGAGGUGACCUUGGCAGGUGACCAGCAUUGUUUACCCUAGAAGGUGACACAGAUGGACUUUCCUUCUGCUUCUUACCAUGUAUCUGCCCAGUGCAUUAAGGUGCACAUCUUAAGAUUUUUUAAGAAGCUGCCUUUUCAUGAAUAUAUCCAUAUUUGCCCUUUUUUUUUUUUUUUGCAUGGAUGACUGGUUCCCAAAUGUCAGAAGGAAGCAGCAGUAGUUUAAAGAUUAGGUUAAUAUUUAAAUUUUGUUUCCAGCGACAGAGGAGAAACCUUGAGAUUACUGAUUACAUAAAGCAAAUAAUUCACAUAGCAGGUGUUGAUUCAAUCCAGGGUGGAUUUAAUUUACCAGGUGUAUUUAUAAGCCUUAAUACACAUAAGCAAUGAGAGUUUAAUAGAACAUUUGAACCUUACUUUUAUUUAAAAAGAGAGGAAAUAAAACUUUAACUUUGUACUAACAGGAUCACUAGUUUUCACCAAGUACUAUUGGCUUAGAAAGGCUUUUUAUUCUCAGAGCACUGUCCUUAUGGUCCCUGGGACAUACUGGAAAGCAUUUUUAGAAAAUGGAUAUUUUUUUAAAAAAACUGUUGGGAAUAGCAAAGGGAAACGCCUUCAUUUGUUGAUAAAACUGUGGGUGAGAUUGGUGCUGCCAUAAAAAUGCACACGCUGGUGAUCCAAGGCAAGGAACCUGUCCCAGUGGUGGUCUUCUCGGGUUCGAAACAGAGAAGUGGCUCUGAGACGCCACCAGGGUUGCCCAGGAACCUAUGGGACAAGAUCUUCUGACUUCAAGGUGCAGCUGAGUGCAGUGACCCCGUUUGCCGAAUCCCAAGCUGGGUCAUGGAUUUCGUAAUGACAUUUUCAAUGUACUGUACAAGGAAAGCUGAGAGAUGGAGUUUGUGCACUGAUGUAGAAUUCCUGGGAUGUUUUGAUGGUUCAUGUGGAACCAAAGAAAAGAUUUCAAAUGGUGACCUAUUGUCAUAGAGUAUUUGAUUGUUCUCCCUCGAUGGGAUUCUUUGAAGAUUCGCUCUGUCAUUGACAAGAGGUGGACUGGAGAACCCUUUGUUGCUGUAUGUUUGGCCUUUCUCGUUUCUGCAAGUGUUUAAAUGUGUCAUUGGACAAAAGGUGCUUUGCAACAGUCAGCUCUGACUAGAGACCUAGCUUCCCUCAGUUUGAGUUGAGCCAUGAACCACUUCUGUUUGAGAUGCUGUCUAUAUACAUGGAGCUGGCCAACCGACAAGCCAGAAAUAGGAAGUAUAACUGGAUUUCCUGAGUCAGCCAAUGUUUUGGGUCAUAUUAAAACACAUCGUUUCCAUGUAUAUCAAGCUC